AUGGGUCUCGAGAACACUGCUUAUGCGCUCGGCGGUCUGACCGCAACUGGAGGCACAAUUGGUUUCCUGAGAACGGGCUCUGUACCUUCGGUCGCAGCAGGCUGGACAGUUGGUCUACUUUACGCUCUGGGCGGCUACCGCCUCCAAAACUUCCAAUCGUUUGGCCUUGAGCUGGCACUGCUCGCCUCUGUCGUCCUCGGAGGCUCUUCUAUUCCCAGAGCGCUCCGCCUCAAGAAGCCCGUUCCGGUGGUGCUGAGCUUCGUGUCGCUGUUCGGUGCGUUUGUGUUCGGUGAUGCGUUCCGGAAGACCUUGUAG